UACUCGUUUCAAUCCCACACAUAACCUAAAAUGUUCUAGAAAUCAUAAUAAAAUGAGAUUUUUAAACUAUGUUUUGUUAUUAUCUGUUUUAUUUGUGAGUUUAUUUGAAGCUAAAGACCUUGUGGUAGGUACGAGAGUGAAUAAUUUGUUGAUAUCUACGGAGAAAGUUGUUUAUCGCGCAAUACCGCUUGUGAAGAGGGACAAGGAUUACACAUUCAUUGAUCCGAAGCAUAGGAUUAUAAAGGGUAUAAUAGCUCGCGAUCUGUCUCGCACAGACGCGCGUGCGUCAAUAACCGAAGGAGGUUUGGGAGCCACCAAUGUCACUAUACACUUCCAGAGCGAACGCGGAGAAGGUCUCAACUAUUUAGUGCUUAUAUUCACUAAGAAUACUUGAGAUUACUAACAUAUGAUGUCGACUGAAAUGAAAUUUGGAAUAACAAAACUGUUUUAAAUUAAAUUUUAUAUGAUGACAUUUUUAUAUUUACUU